AUGCUGCUUUUGGCUGCAAUUAGUGUCGCAAAUGCUGGUUUAUUGCACGGAGGGCAUUCACCUGGCUUAAGAGAGGUCCAUCAUGGUUAUGGAGGUGUUGCCCACAGCUACGUCAAUAAUGUAAACCACAAUAAUCACGGCGUUGCUUAUGCCGGACGCGGUUUUGGUUAUGCUCAUCCUGGCUACGGUUUGAGUUUCGCUAAACUCGGCUAUGGGGGAUACGGGCAUGCUUAUGGAGGUUAUAGACAUGCUCAUGGAGGUUACCGGCAUACAUUUGGAAGAUACGGACAGGUCUAUGGAGUAAACGAACAUGCCCAUGGAGGAUAUGUCUAUGGAGGAUACGGACUAACUCACGGUGGCUACGCUAGCUAUGUCGGAUACGGGCAUAAUACAAAAAUAAGAGCUUAA